AUGCCCGUUGGAAUCGAGGCCUGGGUUACCCAGAUACCCCCAAUAACUCGGUCGUGGCUCUUGGCCGCUGUGUUGACCUCUCUCGCCGUGCAGUGUCAAUUGCUGACUCCGCUUCAGCUAUACUUCUCUCCGAAGAGCGCGUUCACCAACCUCCAACCUUGGCGUGCCCUCACAACCUUCUUUUACUUUGGCACCUUUUCCCUCGACCUCAUCUUUCAUCUCUUCUUCUUCAUGCGCUACAGCAGAAUGCUUGAAGAGAGCAGCUUCGCGCACCGUCCAGCCAGCUACCUUUAUCUCUUGUCGUUCUCGGCGGUGCUCCUCCUGGUUCUCAGCCCGAUGUUUAAUUUGCCGUUCUUGAGCUCGUCAUUGGCAUUUGUUCCCAUAUACGUAUGGUCGCGGAGGCACCCAUCCACUCCGAUCAGCCUCUUCGGGUUGGUCACUAUAACUGCGCCAUACUUGCCGUUCGCGCUGGUCGCUUUCUCAUGGGUCCUCAACGGAACAUGGAAGGCAGCUGCGGGUGAUCUCAUGGGAUGUUUAGUGGGCCAUAUAGCUUGGUUCACUCGAGAUGUAUGGGCUAGGGAAAUGCUCGGUGGUGACAGUGUCUUGAGCGAGCCGCCACCGUUUUUACAAAGAAUGAUGGGCGAUAUAUAA